AUGGGAAUAAUACCAUGUCCUCCUUCUGGUUACUGCGUUAAGAAAUUAGAAAGAGUCAUAGACUUCAAUAAUGCUAUCAUCACAAAACCCCCCUUCAUCAGAGAAGAAAUUUCGGACCUCGAUCUGCAAUCAUGCGCAAGAAAAUGUCUCACGUUCGGAUGUACAUGUUCGGCCAUUUUACAUAGCAGUAGAAUACGAUCAUGUAAGGUGCUGGGUGAUAUGAUUGGUUCACAGUCUCUAGGAUCUGUUUCUCCUGAAGAAGGUUGGAAAUUUUAUAUCACUGCAAAAGGUUGUGAGCCAGGAUGGUUGCAAUAUGAGACUCAUUGUUACUUUUUUGGCGAAUCCGAGGUCACUUGGAUGGAAGCAAAGUCUGAAUGUGAAGGCAGCUGUUCCUAUCUGGUAGAAAUAGAAACUAAGGAAGAAUCUGAUUGGCUGGCCCAGACUUUUCUUUUUAAAGACACUUGUCCUUCAGAUAUAUACCUUAGUUGCCAUGCUUGGACUGGUGGUAAUGAUUUAACAGUAGAAGGUAGAUACCAGUGGAGCCACUCUAACAAGUCUAUUAACUUCACCAACUGGUUUGAUAUUGAACCUUACACUCCAGACAAGGAAGACUGUAUCCAACUACUCAUGAAUGGCGAAUGGAAUGACGGAACAUGUUCUGAUAAGACUCAAUAUAUUUGUGAGAAGUCUGAUGGGAGCUAA